GGUGUGACGUUACCGCAUGGGAAACCGCUGCCGCAUGCUUGCGUGUGUUGUCAGUCAGUCGGGUAGUCGGGUCGGGUUUCAGUUGCCUGUUUACUGACUGAGUAUGUUAAGAUACCGAAUUUUGUUAGCAAUAUGGAAGACCCAGAACAAAAAAAAAAUUACAAAUAUUGUAUUGUUCCCCAGUGUGAGAACACUAGUGUGAAGACACCUAAGAAAAUAUUUAUUAGCCUUCCGCGAAACGUGGAAAGAAAUAAGCAAUGGCAGAAGGCUAUGAAAAGGAAGAAUAUGCUUAGCGUAAAGUCGACAUAUUUUGUCUGCGAAGAUCAUUUUAAUCUCGAAACUGAUAUGGAAAAUUAUAGAUAUUUUAAAUUAAUGGACAAUGUUGCAAUAAAGAUAAGAUCUGAUGUCGUCCCCCAUAUUUUUGAUUGUCAAAAAACACGAACUGCAGCACAUGGUACCCAAUCUCAAGAAGUAUUUCUAAGAAGACAGCACCAAGCCGUCCUUGAGGAAAUAGAGAAUCAGCCAAAUACUUCCAAGAAGAGUCGAAAUGAAAAUAACAAUAUCUCCGAUGAGCAGUAUCACACUGAAUUGAUAAGAAACCAAGACCAUUUAGGUGCUAAAGCCACAAACAAAGGAUGCCACAAAAAAAUUCAAGUAAAUAUCAAACGUAGUAUGCUAACAAAGCAAACUCAAUGUGAUUUACAUAUAUCGUUCGAAAGAGCUCCCUCAAAAAAAUAAACUUGUUUUAUAGAUUGCUUUGAAAUUUCCAUUCAAAAACCAAGUAAUCCAGUUUUACAUAGUUUGUCUUGGUCAGAAUACAAAAAAGCUAACACAAUGAAAUAUUUAGUGGCCAGGGCUUCGAUUCUUUGAAAUCUUCAAAAUCCGUAUUCUUGACUCCCUUCGAAUCGAAUAUGUUGUAUUCGCAUGCGAAUAAAUUCGAAUAAUAUACAUCGAGCGGCAUCUACCGAUC